AUGUCAACAACAACAGUAACUACUACUACGGUAACGACACCUACAAAUACAACAGUUACAGCAACAACUGCAAAUACAACAGUUACAGCAACAACUGCAAAUACAACAGUUACAGCAACAACUGCAAAUACAACAGUUACAGCAACAACUGCAAAUACAACAGUUACAGCAACAAAUACAAAUACAACAGUUACAGCAACUACUGCAAAUACAACAGUUACAGCAACAAAUACAAAUACAACAGUUACAGCAACAACUGCAAAUACAACAGUUACAAUAACAACUACUGCAACAAGCGAAACUACUGAUCCAUCGACUUUACCAGUGAAUGCAUGGACACACGUCGCACAAACAUUUAGCUCGACCAGUGGAAGUCGUCUAUACAUCGAUGGAGUUCUGAUCACGAUUGCCAGUGCACCUACAGGUACACCGGUUGGUCCAUAUGUUUUUAUCGGAGCAUCACCGGCCGGAUCAAGUCCCUGUAAUGCUGGAUUAAUUGCCACUGGGCAAUUCUAUGGUAGUGUCGAUGAAUUUCGUGUAUUUGGACGUGAACUAACGACGACAGACAUAUGUCGUCUAGCUGAUCCUUGA